AUGUCGGUCUCAAGCCUGGUUGACUGGCUAGGUCUGAGCGAAACCUCACCUCAAGUCAAGCUAAGCACCUUACCACUGUCGCAUUUCAAGUUUCCUCCUGCGCCAGGACCGACUACAGUACCGCCUCCACCGGCAGCUUACAAUGAGCCAACCCUUGCGCACCCAUUCACGGUACCCACCGACAUCUACAACGACCUCCUCAAGCCGCAAGUCCCCAUCACGGUCGCUUUGGUGUACAUGUCAUUGGUUUCAGUGCUGAAUCAGGUCAAUGCCAACCGCGGGAACAAACCAUGGGCAAUUAGCAGAACACGCCUCUUCAAAUUGCUGGUCAUCUUCCACAAUGUCUUCUUGGCGGCAUAUUCAGCAUGGACGUGUGUGGGCAUGGUCAAUGCCUUGCACCGGUCGCUACCAGCGCUGGAUGAAGAAUGGAGUGUUUCAACAACAGUGGACGCGCUAUGCAAGCUGCACGGGCCUCGAGGAGCGGGAAAUGCGGCGACAUACAACGCGACCACCAGUGCAUGGACCAUGACAAACCAUCUAUUCCACCUGGCUGCGGACGGCCUCGGUCCUGAGGCUACCGAUGCCGGGCGCAUGUGGAACGAGGGGCUAGCGUUCUACGGCUGGUUCUUUUACCUGUCAAAGUUCUACGAGAUUGUGGAUACCUUGAUCAUCCUGGCAAAGGGCAGGAGGAGCAGCCUCUUGCAGACUUACCACCAUGCUGGUGCCAUGCUGUGUAUGUGGGCUGGUAUUAGAUACAUGUCUCCGCCCAUCUGGAUGUUCGUUCUGGUCAACUCCGGCAUUCACGCCGUCAUGUACACGUUCUAUCUUCUCUCGGCGCUCGGGAUCAAAGUGCCCAAGUGGUUCAAGCAGACCUUGACGACCCUGCAGAUUACGCAGUUCGUCGUCGGAGCGACCUACGCAUUCCUACACAUCUUCGUUGCGUACCAGAUCCCAGUCAAAGUGCCCUACCUUUACCACCUCGGCGGAGUCGCCUCAAAGGUCGUCUCAGAAGCUCCAACCGAGGUCACCUCCAGCGUCGCUUCGACAAUUUCCACCGCUGCGAAUUAUGGCGCUUGGCUGAAGAAGGCCGUCCUCCGAGGCGCGGGCUAUGAGGGUCUCGCAGAAAACGUCGUGAACGAGCAAGGCAAGCCGUUCGGAGUCGACGCCGUUCAUAUCGUAGAGGAUGCAGUCAGGAGAGAAGAGACACGCUACAGAGACGAACUCCAGUGGGCUCAUUGCCUUGACACCAGUGGGCAAGUCUUUGCCAUCCUCCUGAACUGCGUGUACCUCCUACCGCUUACCUGGCUCUUCUUGCAAUUUUUCAUCCAGGCAUACAUUAAGCAAACCGAGCGGAGACGAAGUCGAUCCGCGAGCGAUGCUGCCGUGGCCGCUCGAAACAGCUUUCUCGACGCUUCCAAGGGUGUGUCCAGACGUCUGAGUCAAGCAGUUCAAGAGAUGCACAAUGUAUCCGAAGACAUUGGCGAUGACACCGUCUUUGUGGACGGCGAUGAAAUUAGGAGAGAAAUGAGAGAAGCCGCUGAACAAGCCAAGAACGCAAUCAAGCGAGGAGAAAACAAGGUGAAGUCGUCAGUCAAAAACAGCGGCAUUAGUCCCGAGGCCGUAAAGCAGGAGUUCCACCGUGAUAUGGAAUCAGCCGGGAAGACACUGCAAGAUACAGCCGACAAAGUGAAGAAUGCAGCUGCCAAGGCUGGAGAUGCGGAGAGAAGAGAGCAGAUCAGCGCAAAGGUGCAGUCCUUGAAAGAUAGCGCCGCCGAUGCCGUGGAGAAGGCUGUGGACAGCAUCAAGUCCGUGGCCGGAAGUGCGCGUGAGCAAGCCGCGCCUGCCGUUAACUAUGCUUCAGAGAAAGCCGGCGAGUUGAAAGACCAGGCUGAGCCCACUGUCAACGCAGCAGCUGACAAGGCCGCCGAACUGAAGGAUCGGGCCUUCGAGACAGCCAAGAGCACUGCAGGCGACGCAAAAGCAUCCAUACCAGAGUCAGUUGACGAGGCCAAAGAGUCAGGGCAGCAAGCAAGUGCGUCGGCAAAGCAAACUGCCAAAAAUGUCGCAGAUCAAGCCAAAGAAGCAGCAUCAACAACAGCCGAUGAGGCAAAAGAGCCAGCACAGAAAGCAGGCAACGCAGCCGAAGAGACCGCUCAAACUGCCGAGGAAGCUGCAGAAGCCACUGUUGAAUCGGCCUCGAGCAAAGCAGAAGACCUCUCCAGGGAGAUCCAGGACAGUCUAGAACAGGGCACACCGUCGGGAGAGGGAGAACAAUCCGAGGUAGACAAGUUCACAUCACAAAACCAAGAAUCGAAUACAACGCCGGAAACAAAGUCCCCAAACGGAAAUGGCACAGGCGCCGACGAGGUGCCUGGGCAGAGUCAGAGCGAGGGGAGAGCGGAUGAGAGUGAACAGACGAAGGCGGAGAAGAAAGAAGAAGACCAGAUCAUCGACGAGAGCCAGGUCGUCAGAGACGAGGACGUUGAUGCAAACACUCAAACUAAUGGCGAUGGUAGUGGCAAUGCAGAGGAAGCGUCGGCGACCUCGGCGCAAGGAGCAGGGUCGGGCGAUAGGCCAAGCUUUGCGGAUAUGUUGAAGAAGGGCGACGAGGAAGGGGAUGAGGUGGACGGAGGGGACAAGGACAAAGAGGACAAGGAGAAAGACGGGUGGGGGAUCUGA